AUGUAUAGAGCAGAGCCCCCAGCUCCUCCGGCCUCUUCUGCAGCUGCCCAAUUCCAACACAGCCUUCUUUGACUGCCCCCUGUUCCUGUUCAUCUUCCUCUUCUCGCGCCUCGGCCACCUGCUUGGCUGCUUCAGCAACUGCGAGAUGGAGGCGCAGGACGACUGCAAGUGGCGCCAGAUCCCGGCGUUCGGCGACUGGAAUCUGUGGGACGACAUGCCCGUCACCCAAUACUUGCAGGCAGGACCCUUCUUCUUCACAGCGCCGGUUGACAAAGACGACGAGGACCUCUUCAAGGUGCCCCAGUUCCCUGCCAAGCCCUACAGCUACAAGAAGCGUGUCGUGCGAGUGAAGGGAGAGAGAACCAAUGCUGGGCCGGCGAGGAAGAAAGGAGCCAGGAGGCAGUAUGUGAGCGAGCAGCAGAAGUGGAAGCCCAAGGGAGCUGUGGACGAGGACCUGUACAAGAUCUCCCCGCAGCUUCUCUGCAAGGUGAAGAAGAAGAAGCUGCUGAGGAAUUUACUGGGGGGUUGCCUGGGCUUGAGCUGCAUCGCCUGAGAGUAGUGGCAAAAGCUUAAUAAGUCUAUGAGGAAUUUGGUUGCUUCUUUAGAGAGCUGUAUAGUAUCUAUGCUAAUAUGGAAUUAAUGAAAACUUACUACUGCUUUGCACUCGUUUGAAUGUAA